AUGGACCAACAUCACACAUUCGAGCCCUUACAGGCCGAACCAAGGCGUCGCCGGCCUUCAACGAGCGAUCCAGAGCCUGAUGCCCUGCUGAGGCGUAUACCCCCCGGACACACCUCUGCGCAAGAUGCCACCUCACAAUCCGACCCCGACACCUGUCGAAUAUGCAGAGGCGAGGCUACGCCAGACGAGCCACUAUUCUACCCUUGCAAAUGCAGUGGAAGCAUCAAGUACGUCCACCAGGACUGCCUGAUGGAAUGGCUCUCCCAUUCCCAGAAGAAGCACUGCGAGCUAUGCAAGACGCCCUUCCGCUUCACCAAGCUAUACGCCCCGAACAUGCCCAAGACCGUUCCCUUCUACGUCUUUAUCAGCCACAUCACCAAAUACUUAUUCCGCAAUAUGCUGGUCUGGGCUCGGGGUGGCUUGGUUCUGAUGGUGUGGUUGGUCUGGCUGCCCUACCUCAUGAGGAGAGUCUGGUCUGCCCUGUUCUGGCUCAGUGACGAGGGCCUGGGGCCUGUGCUUGGGAGAUCUGAGGUCGGUACUAUCCUGAGCGAGAGUGCUGGGUCGACGGCUGGUGCGGCUACGUGCCCAUCAAGCCCCCUGCAUGCGGCAACAACAACCGCAGCCUCGCUACAGGGCCUCAUGAGCCAGAUCCCUCGUAGCAGCACUGCCAUGACGACUACAUCCCUUUACGGCAUCAACAUCACGUCCGACAACCCUCUGUCCAACAUCCUCCUCAACAUGUUCUUGGGGACGUUCUACAUCGGUGGCACAGCAUCACGCACCAACACAUCAGCUAACGUGCAGAACAUCGCCCCGGCGACCCUCGUACACCAGCCCACCCUUUUGAGCGAGGUUAGAUUCCUACAGAAAAUUUCCUCGUCCUCACCAGCGCUGGGUAGUUUCGCUAUUGACAUUCUGGAGGGGCAAAUCAUCACUGUACUGGUGAUUAUUUGUUUCAUCCUGAUUAUCCUGGUCCGAGACUACGUCGUUCAACAACAGCCAGAUAUAAACAUGCGAGCCGCAUUUGCUGCCGCAGAGAAUGCCGCGCCCCCAGAGAACGUCGCACCAGCCGCGGUUAUGCCCGACCCCGCAGACGCAUUGCGGCCAGAAGAUAUCGACAGGCUUCCCGGCCCCGAGGCACGAGACGUUGGGCUUGGCGACGACACACUGGAUGGCAAUGAGGGAGACGGGGACGCCCUCUGGACUGAUCUUGAGGACCUCCACGGGAGUGCAGCAGCUGAUGGUCAGACCCUCGCAAGGGUUGCGACAGGCACCCCUGAUGGCCCCUCGGGGGAAACCUCACAGCAGAAUAUACGUGCGCAAACGACAUUAGCGACUGAUGCCAAUGCAUCAGAUAGUCACGCGACUGAGGUUGGGAGAAGCACCGUAGAUGAAUACGUGAGAAUCCAUCGCGCGGCUGCAGGGGACCCAGAAACGAUCAUCAACAUUAUUCGCCAAGAGAACCUCGAGGAUAGGCUUGCCUACUUUGUGCGACUUACUCAAUCUCAGAUGAACCGGAAGCGACCAGAGCUGCAUACCGAGGAAGAGGAGUCGUCGAGUCAAAUGGCGGAGUGGGGAUCAGAGCCGGAGUGGCCGUGGGCAGAAGAUGUACAAGAUGAUGGGCAUUCUGGCAAAGGCAAGGCGCCAUUGACUAACGGAUCAUCGGAUGUCAGAGGUGAACAGAGCUACACGUCCAGGCCUCGGUCUGCUACGGAUGGACCGCAAAGAGUUGGAGGCAUCAACCCCUUGGGCAAUAACAAUUGGUCGUGGCCAGAUGCUUCUCUGGAGUCUCCGCGUACAGAUCCUCGACAGUCACCCACCCUUGGAAUGCCGAACUCCUCACAAAGGACACUUCCCGACGAGAAUGGCUCGGCCUCGCAACCUUGGGCAUUUACAACGCCGCCGUCAAGUACGUUGGCGGAAAGCGCGCCGUCGAGCUCACAAGGCCAGACGCCGGGCUCCUCCGAGAUCGAUGACAUCCCCGUCAACGAUGUGAAUCCUGAAGACGGGAAUCUUUUAGGUUCCGCGAUGCAUAUUGGUCGACCUCUGGAUUGGGAGGCCAUACCGGACUUUAACGCGCCUCUUGAAAUGCAACCAAAUGAAGAUGCCGAAGACAAUGGAGAGCUGGCCCAAGAACAACCUCAAGCGGAUGGGCUCGCGCGACGCCUCGCCGACUUUAUGUGGCGUGACGUUGAGGCGAUCCCAGCUCACGAGCUUCCGCCAUUGCCGGAUGCCGCUGAUGAGUUCUUCGACCACGACCAAGUUGCAGCAGCUGCAAUCGCACAGGAUCCCCUGCCAGAGCUCCGGGAUCAAGAACAGGACCAAGAAGCAGCAGCAGCAGCAGCAGCCGCGGCCGCAGCCGCAGGAAUAGAUGCCGAAGCUGAGGCCAUAGAAGAUGCUGAAGACCUGGAAGGUAUUCUCGAACUUCUCGGCAUGCGAGGCCCAAUUGCUGGCUUGUUCCAGAAUGCCUUGUUCUGCGCGUUUCUGGUCUCCAUUACACUCUUCCUUGGUGUGUUCUUGCCCUACAACCUGGGACGCCUAGCCAUAUGGUUGGUUGCCAAUCCGGCUCGACCCGUUCGCAUCCUCUUCAGUCUUUCCAAGUUGGUGCAGGACACAGCGCUGCUUUUGAUGGGGCUCGCGUCCACGCUGCUUUGUGGUGCUGUGGACACGCUCUUCACUGUGAUCCAGCCAAGUGCAACGCGACCAGAGAUGAUCAGCCAGUCGAUGCAAGGCUCGUGGAACAUGACUGAGAAUGCUUUCCAAAGCUUACUCGACAGCAUGUGGACAGACCUUCCGUUUAUAUCGGCCGACGAAGUGCGCAAUUUUUCAACAGUUAGCCAUGUCGCUUUGUUCACACUGAAGAGCCAGGUGGCACUUUUGUUCACCACGCUCGGGAAAUCGGUGUUGUUCCUCUUUGGGGGUGACUAUUCAUCCAAGGCAACCGAACUCUGCUCAUGGAUCACGAUCGCUACAACUACGUUGUGGCAAGGUUUGAGUGAUAUGCCCAACCUUUUGUUGAACCCGACUUCAUGGGUCAUCGACCUUGGUACCUCUGAAAGUGUGACGCCUUUGAAGGCGGAAUUUGCUUCUUGGAGUGCCAUGGACCGGGUUUGGGCCAUCUUGGGCGGGUACGUCGCAUUGUCCUUCUCCGCAGCACUCUAUCUAGGUCGCGGCGGGCCCAUUUCCCCUGGGCGGGUCGGGCAAGAGUGGGAAGCAACCUUGAUAGACGCGUUGAACCAAGCAAGUGGCGUCAUGAAGGUGAUUCUCAUCAUCGGCAUCGAGAUGCUCGUCUUUCCGCUGUAUUGCGGGCUUCUGCUGGAUAUCGGGUUGCUGCCGUUGUUCGAGAACACGACGAUCAUGUCGCGUGUGAUGUUUACGGUCAACUACCCUCUCACCUCCGUUUUCGUGCAUUGGUUUGUCGGCACAGGGUACAUGUUCCAUUUUGCUUUGUUCGUGUCCAUGUGCCGCAAAAUAAUGCGCAAGGGGGUGCUCUACUUCAUCCGCGAUCCUGAUGACGCCGAGUUCCAUCCUGUCCGAGACGUUCUGGAGCGGAACGUCACCACGCAAUUGCGGAAAAUCCUGUUCUCUGCUUUUGUGUACGGCGCUCUAGUCAUCGUCUGCCUAGGUGGCGUCGUGUGGGCUCUGUCCUACGGGUUCCAGAACGUACUUCCCAUCCACUAUUCGUCUAACGAGCCUGUCUUGGAAUUUCCGAUCGACUUGUUGUUCUACAACUUCUUGAUGCCCCUCGCCGUCAGAUUCUUCAAGCCAAGCGACGGGCUUCACGCUAUGUACACCUGGUGGUUCCGCAAAUUGGCCCGGGCCUUGCGGCUCACGUGGGUCAUACCCAAGACGUGGAAAGGCACCUUCGAAGGAGGGAAGGCGAAACCCGCCCUGCCCCUCAGUCCUCAGGAGCUGGAAGACACCAACGCAAGCAAGGCCACUCUAGUGCGCACUCAUCAGCUCAUUCCUGAUGGACGUUUCGUGCGUGCUCCAGCCUCGGAUCAAGUGAAGAUUCCUAAAGGCCAAAGAGUCUUCUUGGACGUGACGGAGGGUAAUCAGAGGCAGGAUCGCAUCGAGCAGCCGGGCGUCGAUCUUUACUCAACCCCUCAGUACCAAUUCGUCUAUGUUCCGCCAAACUUCCGACUCCGCAUUUUCCUGUUCAUUCUAUUCAUUUGGAUUUUUGCCGCUGCGACAGGCCUGGGAUUCACGAUUAUCCCUCUGAUUUUCGGUCGUUGGAUGUUCCGGUCACUCAUCCCUGACCGUAUCCGUACAAACGACAUCUAUGCCUUCAGCAUUGGCAUUUACAUUCUCGGCUCUGCCGCUUACUUUCUGUUCCACCUCAAGGAUAUUUACAAAAAGGCCAGGAAGCGGGUAGCCAACACCACAUCACACAUCCUUCAACCCGAAACCCUACAUCGCGCUGCACUUGUUGCGACUCGUGCAGCCAAGCUUGUUUACGCGUACUUCUUCCUGCUGGUGGUAUUCCCACUCAUGGUUGCCAGCCUGAUGGAAUUGUACGUCUUGAUUCCCUUGGACACGUACAUGUAUGGGGCUGUCGUAUCCAAAGGCGCUGCCCCUGACGCCACGCUUCUCAGCGUCCAAAACCCUCGACACACAGUUCGGGUGAUGCAGUCCUGGACGAUCGGCGUCAUCUACCUUAAGCUCGCUGCUCGAUACGUCGUCGCCUGGCACCGCGAUAGCCGCGUUGCAGCUGCCACCCGCGCUGUCCUAAGACGUGGCUGGCUCGAGCCCGACGUCAAGGUUCUCACUCGCGCAUUCGUCGUACCAGGUCUAUCGGUCUGGGCCAUCGCAGUAUUCGGGCCCCCACUGCUGGCGAGGGCGUGCAUCGCUUACGGUAUAUCUGCAGGCAUAGACCCAGGCAACGACGCAGCGGUGGUUCUUGUUCAUCGGUUCUGCUUCUUUGCUGCGCUGCUUAGCGCUAUUGGUGUGGCGAUGUUGCGGAGGAGCAACAGAUACAAAAUUGUAAAUCUACGAUCCGAAUACCUAUCGUGGGAGCACUCGAUUAUAAGCGUGGACUUCAUGACGUACGUGACCUUGACGGCUCCAAGGGCCACGCAACCAGAACCACUGGGCUAA